UAUUGUAUAUGCAUUUUGCCGAUCCAGUGUCGCGAGCCGAUGUAAUUUUCUACCAAACGAGCUGCACUCCGCUUCCUUUUAAUUCGCGCUAGCUUCGCAGCCAGACGAAAAUUCGCUCAAGGCGUCACAUUCCUUGCGAACUGACCUCAGCGGCUUUCGACACUAUCUCACGUUUCGCGUACGCCGGAUCACUCGGAUACCAUUGGAUCGACUGGAGCCGCUGGAUCGGCGUAUCGUGAUCGAUGGUUAGAUCGUGAACGACUAUGGAUGUCGGUGCAAGCGAGUCUUAUCUUUUCCCUCGUUAGAAGAAAUCAAAAACUCGUCGUGCGAGUAACUAAAACGGUAAAUACCGGACUGCAUCCUGUACCAGGUUGGCGACGAUACUCUCGAAUACCUGAUCGUGCUUGUGGAAAAGUGGCAUGUUGUGAAUGAUCCGAAAUUCUACUGAGAUAACGAGACGUUUUGUUCGAGAAGCGAAUAUAUCUUGAAAUUCGAGUUUUUCUCCAAAAGGCUUUGCACGCGAGAGCGACGCAUUUAAAUUAAACAAAAAAUUGAACGGCGGUUAUUUGCUAUAUGAGGAUAGACUUUGCUACAUAAGAUGUUGUCAGACUAAUGGAAAAAUGUUUUUGCGCAAUUUUAAACUCAUGUCAGCGUUUACGACACGAAAUGCAAUAGAACGAGAUGCAAUAGAAUUAUUUAUUCCAACUAUAAUAGUUGAGUGCAAAGAGAACGUUGUAUUCCUCGAAGAUCGAAUAUACCGUAAGAUGUUUCCGCUUCUAAGAAUAUUCUUAGAAGAAAUACUAUAAUAAAGUAAACACUAUAUCUGAUAUUAUAAAUAUCUUAAGAUUCAGCAUGUUUAUUAAAGAAGCGUGUACGAUGAUAAGGCGUAUAAUUAGUAACUAGUGUGGUGUGAAAUUCCAGCAUAUUAUAACAAUGUCAAAGAGUUACUAUAAAAUCAUUGACGAAUAUAGGUCUGCAACGGACAGCUUACGAUUUCGCUCACGAUGAUAUAUCACCGACAAAUAGAUUUCAUCUAUCUGUAAAUGAAAUGUAAGAAUAUAUAGAGCAUACGAGGAUAUAAUAAAUCUUCUGUUGUUGUUAAAUCAAUGUUUCCUUAUCGAAGAGAUAGUCAUCCUAUCUAAUUAAGCAAUGCGACGUAGAAAAUGUGCUGAAUCAAUAAUAUAGAAUUGAAAAGGAGAAACGUCACGCGACGGAGGAAAGACGAAUCUCUUUUUUAAACGGAAGCGUGUCCAGAAAAAUGCCUGCGAUAAAACUCUUCGGCAGAACAUGGCUAGCUGCGAGCGACGACCUUGUUUAUCCGGGUAUCUUUGAAAUUUUCAUUCGAUCCAUUUGGUUAUCCCUGAUCGUAACCGUUUGUGUCAGAUAUUAUGAGCAUACAUGGAGUUGUCAGUUGGGUGGAGAGUUAGUUCGCGUGUAUCUCUUAGGAGAGGUUGCAUUUCUUGUCGUGUCUAUACUUUUCAUGCUCAUCAUUAUAAGACUGAGCGCAAAAGGAUCUAUCAUGGAAACGCACGCUCGUAAACACGUUGAACCAUUCUUGACAGUUAAAAUAUUAUUCCUCCUACCUGAGAUAUCAUGGAAUAUUUUAGGAAGCUUAUGGUUAUUCGGAUCAAAUGUCGAAUGUACUUACGAACGUUAUACGAUCAUAAUAAUCCAGGCGUUGGUGUUCUUCGACUGGAUUCUUAUAGGUCUCACCGUUUUCGGCUUGGCAUUAAUCUUUGACCCAUUAGGCUUAUUAAGUAAGAAACAUUUAGAAAGUUCUAUCGAAUAUGGAAAACUUUCAAGGAACUGGCAACGGAGAUUCAAGUUUCUCUGGUGGAUGAGAAAAGACGAAAACGCUAACGAGACUUUUCAACAAGUUGCUGGUUUGCUAAGCUCUCUGUACCAGGGAACAGAUUUAGUUCCUUCGGAUAUUAUCGCAGGGUGUAUCCUGCUAAGAAUUCGACAGAAGCGAGAAACUCGUGAAUUGCACCGGCUAAAUAUUCUUCCUGUUCCAAGAUAUACUUCCGAUGAAACUGUAAUUUUUAAGAAUGCACCAAGUUGGAUGUCUUUAGAGAACGCGGCUUACUAUAUAAAACUCUCAUUAGCUGCUUAUGGAUGGUUAUUAGUUAUGUAUUUACAUAUAUGCACCGGGUGUUUUCAUAUUCUGCCGAAUUUGACUUGUUGCGCUUGUUUUCGAACAAAACGUAUUCCAAUUAUCGGCGACAAUUGUUGCUACUGUUAUUUAGCCGGUAUGAAAACUUUAUCAGAUUUAUCGACGGAUGACAUCCUGUACGCGUCAUUUAAAAACUAUUUAUGCGAGAUACCGUUCGUUAUAAUAGCAGAUCAGAAGAAAAAUAACAUUGUCAUUGUUAUACGGGGUAGUCUCUCGAUGCGCGAUUUGAUAACUGAUAUUGCCGCAGGUUCUAAUGUUUUUGUAUGCGAGGGUGUUCCAUCAAACAGCCAUGCACACAGUGGCAUGAUAACGGCUGCUAGGCUGAUUUUGAAGAAGUUAGAUGGUGACAAGAUUUUAGAACGAGCAUUCAAUACAUAUCCUCAUUACGAUUUGGUUAUUACAGGUCACAGUCUAGGUGCUGGUAUAGGUAUUCUGUUAGGACUUUUAUUACGUCCACGAUAUCCAUCGCUGAAAGUCUAUGGAUUUUCCACACCAGCGGGCCUUCUCUCAAGGGAGCUUGCCAGAAUAACGGAAGAAUUCGUUUUCACAGUAGGCAUUGGAGAUGACUUAGUAAUGAGGUUGAGUGUUGAUAGCAUAGAAAAUCUUCGAACGUCUUUGCUCAUGGCACUUCGGGUUUGCCCGUUACCUAAGUAUAGAGUAGUAUUAAACGGAUUAGGUUACAUUUUAUUCGGCAUUCCUGAGAAAGAUCUUGAAAAUACAUGGAGUGCCUAUAAUAUGAUUACCACAGUAUCGGGUGAAACACCUUUACUCAACGACCGAGAUAUAAAUACAGUAGAGGAAAGUAGGAUAUACGAGCGAGAUAUUUCAAAAAGGAGAUAUUCCAAAGUAAAAUUAUACACAGGUGGUAGAAUACUUCACAUAAUCAAAUGUAAAACCGAACAGUCAAAAAACAGAAAGAGUCAAAAUAAGAAAGAAAAGAAAUUCGAGAUGCGAUGGGCACAACCAGAAGAAUUUACGGAAUUAGUUGUGAUGCCACGGAUGUUAUUGGAUCAUUUACCAGAAUGUAUAGACAAAGCUCUGACCACCUUGUUAGAACAACAAAAAGACUAGCUACAAUAGUUUAAUCCUUGACAUAAGUAAUAAAAAAUGAAUUGAUUUGUCACUACAUUA